UUUCCUCCGCAGCGCUUCCGCCGUCUUUGCUAAGCGGCUCCCACUCGAGCUCUCUGUGCUCCUACAGUUUUUUUUCUGCUGCUGUCCCCAUUCACCACCAUGCUGUCUCAGUCUCGCUGUGUGUCCCGGACGCUUGGCCGCUCCUUGUCAGCAAUCAGCCAGGCCAACAGUACAUUAGGAAAGCGCUGUGUUUCAGGCCUUUCUACAUGUCAUCGACUAGCUUACAAGAACAGCAGGCAACCUCUGAAAUCUGAGAGCAGGUCAAGUGUGUUUCAGAUAAGGUAUUUCCGUACAUCUGUUAUCUAUAGAAAUGAUGUGAUCACAGUCAACACUCCUGCAUUUGCAGAGUCGGUAACAGAGGGAGAUGUCAGGUGGGAGAAAGCUGUGGGUGACACUGUUGCUGAAGAUGAGGUAGUUUGUGAAAUUGAAACAGACAAGACGUCCAUUCAAGUGCCAUCUCCUGCUGCUGGUGUCAUUGAAGCCUUCCUGGUCCCUGAUGGUGGUAAAGUUGAGGGAGGAACUCCACUUUUCACACUUAGGAAAGGAGCUGCUGCUACUAAAGCUACAAAAGCUCAGGUGUCUGACAGUGUGCAGGCUGCUGCUCCUAAGGUGGAGGGUCCUACUCCCCCUCCUUCCACAUUACCACCUGCUGCAGCUGCUCCUGGUCCCAUACCCACAACUAUGCCUCCUGUUCCAUCAGUAUCUGGUCAAGCCAUUACUUCCAAACCAGUUUCAGCGGUUAAACCCUCAGAAGCUCCCCCCUCACCUUCAUUUGACAGUGCGGUUAAAGGAGCAAGAUCUGAGCACAGGGUAAAAAUGAACAGAAUGAGGCUAAGGAUUGCACAGAGGCUCAAAGAAGCACAGAACACUUGUGCCAUGUUGACAACUUUUAAUGAAGUUGAUAUGAGUAACAUUCACGAAAUGAGAAACAAGCACAAAGACGUCUUCCUUAAGAAGCACAACAUCAAGCUUGGAUUUAUGUCUGCCUUUGUAAAAGCUGCAGCAUAUGCUCUGCAGGACCAGCCAGCUGUUAAUGCUGUUAUUGACGACACAACCAAAGAAAUUGUAUAUAGGGACUAUGUGGAUAUCAGUGUGGCAGUAGCUACUCCAAAGGGUCUUGUGGUUCCAGUUAUUCGUGGUGUUGAGACUAUGAACUUCGUAGAUAUUGAAAGAACUAUUAAUGAACUUGGAGAAAAGGCUCGCAAGAAUGAACUAGCAGUUGAAGACAUGGAUGGUGGGACCUUUACUAUAAGCAAUGGAGGGGUAUUUGGGUCCCUUUUUGGAACUCCCAUUAUUAAUCCUCCCCAGUCUGCUAUCUUGGGCAUGCAUGGCAUCUUUGACAGACCAGUGGCUAUUAGUGGUAAAGUUGAAAUCCGGCCUAUGAUGUAUGUUGCUUUGACAUAUGACCAUCGCCUCAUUGACGGGAGAGAGGCAGUGACCUUCCUACGCAAGAUCAAAGCUACAGUAGAGGAUCCCCGUGUGCUGCUGCUCGGCCUGUAGUAGGGACAUCCAAUACAAAUUCAGUGCUGUCCAUAACAAUCUUCUCUGCUGCAGAUUUGGCUGUGCCACUUGGGUUAUUACCACACGUAUGAGGAGGUGUUCUGAGAGGUGAAGGUGGGGAUAGUGAAUUCCAGAGUUAAAAUACCUAUUGCGGGCAUAUAACAGUCCAGGAAGUCAGUAGAUCAGAUUCCUUACCAGUGUGAAUGAGGAUACACUUGCAUUUUAUUAAAGGAGUUGCAACAUUUAAUGUUACUUUUUAUUCUCCCCCCCCCCCCCCCCAACCCCCACCUGAAAUAAGCUUGGAUUAUAAAGUGCAAGGCAUGUUUUUAUUGUAUGCAAAUGCCAGGAUUUUUAAGUAUAUCUUGGAAACAUAUU